AUGGUUCGUGCUAUCCUUGAAUCAAUUGCAUUUCGAAUCUAUCAAAUUUGGGGGACCGUUUGUGACGAGAUCGAUCUCACAUCUACCAGCUACCUCAGAUGCUGUGGCGGUGUUUCGGCGAACGAUUUUGUUUGCCAGACAAUAAGUACACUUGUCAAGCUUCCUCUGCAUAGAAUCCGGAGUCCAGGCUUUGCAUCGGCACGUGGCAUAGCGAUGAUGGCUGGAAUCACAUGUGGAAUGUGGAGCAAAGAUGACUUGCAUGAGCUCGUGAUUAUCGAGAAAAUUUUCACGCCCCAAAUAUCUUCUCGCCGCCAGCUACUUAAAAAUUUCGAAAGAUGGGAAGCAGCGAUGCAGCGAUGCCUCCAUUUCUAUUCGUCUUGA